GGUCGAGUAUCGUAACAUUCGAAACAUGGCGGCGAUCAAGGAGAAAGAAAAGCGACCGGGGAAACCUCCAGGAAAGGAAUCUCAACCUUUGAUUAUAGCCAAAACCCCAGCUGAAGAGCAACGCUUGAAGCUGGAGAGGUUGAUGAGAAACCCUGAUAAACCUGCUCCUAUUCCAGAACGACCAAAAGAAUGGAACCCACGGGCUCCACCAGAGUUUGUGCGGGAUGUGAUGGGCUCCAGUGCAGGUGCUGGCAGUGGAGAGUUCCAUGUGUACAGGCACCUUCGCCGACGAGAGUAUCAGAGACAGGACUUCCUGGACAAGAUGACAGAGAAGCAAAAGAUGGAUUUGGAAUAUAUUGACAAGGUGGCACAAAACCAGCAGGCGGCUGAUGAAAGAACAGCCAAACGCAAGAAGAAAAGGGAAAAGUUGAAGCAGAAGAAGAACAUGGCAAAGAAAGCCAAGGAAGAGGCUACCAAAGGUCAAGAUUUGGAGAAAUCCUCCAGCAGUGAAGCAGAUGAUCAGGACGGAGAGGCUGAGGAUGAUGCGGAGGCUCCCAGCUUCAUUAUGGGGAAGAGGUGAAAGCCUGGCUCCAUGUCAUGCGAUGCUUCAGAAAGACAAGAUGCCAACAUCUGAUGCCAAAUGAACACAGUUGAGCAACACAGCCCAGCGGUGUUCAAUUUUAGACAUUAUCUGAGAGAACGCAAAGGGAAUUGAGAGCUGACUUUCUUUAAAUCUCAUGGUUGUAGUUAUGAGGAGCGCCUUCCAAUUCUGUGAAUUGAGGUUGACAAAGCUGGGUCACCAAACGGAAGACUGGAUUGGAACUGGGAGGGAUAUCUUUUUAAAUGCUCCAACAUUUAAAUUCUCAUUUGUAUUCUCUUGUAAAACGUUCGAUAGGGUGUUCUCUGAAGUGAAGGGUAAAGGUACUCCCUUGAAAAAUUAACCUGUUGUCUGGUAACAUGGUUGCUUGUGUUUUUUUGUUUGUUACUGUGUAUAUAUAUUUUUUAAUAAACGACUGGGAAGAUUGUUUGC